CCGAGCCGAGCCAAAGCCACAAACCUUGCCGGAAGCCAGGCCACCGUGGGGCAUGGCGGUGACGUCAUCGUCAAGAGUCGUGGCGGUGCCCAAGCCGCAGCCGUCCGUCCUGUCUCAAUGGCAUGCCGUCGUGUUCUACUUGGUGCUGGUGUUCGGGGACCGUCUCCAGAACCCGUACGAGUACAAGCUCUACUAUUACAACAAGCUCGAGCAGACGGCGAUCGCGCAAAUCUACGCCGUCGGGACUCUCGGAGGCUGUUUUGCCGAUCUCUGGGGACGCUCGAUCGCCAAGCGCGUGGGCUGGAAGCUGUCCGCGCCGCUUCUGCUGGCACUCCUGAUGCAGUCUUGCCUGAUGAAGAAGACCGACCACCUGGAAACGCUGAUGAUCUCGAAGGUUCUGGCUAAGAUGUGUGUGCUCACGCUGUUCCCGCUGGCCUUGGGCCAGUUCAGCGCCCGCACAAGGCCGUCAGACGUGGCCAUCAUGAUCAGCAUCGGCUUCAUCGGCAUCGUCGCGGGCGUCACUGGCAGCCUGCUCUGCGACGUCAUCUACUUCGACUGCUUCAUCAUGUUCCGCAUAGCUACCUACGUCCUGGGACUCCUGUUUCUCUUCCACUGGCUCGCUCCACCGUCGCAGCCUAUCAAGGACCUCCUGGAACCGUACCGGUCCGACCGCAUCGUCACCCUCGCCGUGCUCUCCUCCGAGGCAGCCCUCUGGUGCUGCAGCACCGUCGUCGAAGCCUUCUGGGCGCCCCUGGUCAACCCUUCCAACAUGGACGUCGGCCUGCUGUACGCCCUGUACUGCUUCUUCCAUGUCUUCGGUGGCUGCUUCUUCCGGGUGACCCGCAUGAUCCAGGCGACGCCGCGCUACACCCUGACCCUGUCGUGCCUCCUGGCGGCCGUCGGCAUGUUCUUCGCGGCGGCCGCCAUGCCCGUCUACCCGGACUCGGUGCUGGUCAUCGUCAUGGCCAUGCUGGCCUUCCACUUCUCCCUCGGCCUGUGGGGCGCCGCGCUGCGCAAGCUCAGGAACUGCGCCAUGCUGUCGCCCCGUUACGAGGCCUACGCCCGGUGCGCGGGACGCCUAGUCGGUGCCGCCAUGUUGACCGUGAAGAAGGAGUUCGACACUCAGUACCUGUGCGGUGUCUUUACCCUCUGCUGCCUGUUCGUGCUGCUCUCGUUAAUGCCCGUUCAGUCGCUGGCCCGCUGGAAGCAGAAGUCACGAGUCAUUCAGGUGCUCAGGUACAUGGCUGGUCACUCGUCGGCGGCGUGACGAGUGAGUAGGCGAUCCGGGAGGCGUUAGCUGC